AUGAAAACAGCAGUUAGCAUCAUUGACGAUGCGUUUUACAUCAAUGGAGAAAUUACCUAUCCGGGACGUUUCUACCAAGGGAAUAAAGUUGAGGGGUUGCUUCUCAACACCCGUAUGGUGCAAGGCAUCUUUGAUGAUCGGAACCCCGAAACGAUACAUCUCUGGGAAUAUCCAGAUACAGGUGAAUGGGACCCAGAGCGCAAUACGCGUGAAUUUCUAUCAGCGAUGCCGACAUGGCGCGCACACGGUGUGCUGGCGUUCACUCUUAACCUCCAAGGCGGCAGUCCCGAGGGCUACUCCAAAGCGCAACCGUGGCACAACUCCGGGAUAGAAGCCGAUGGUAGUCUCAAUGCAGAUUAUCUAUCACGGCUUGAACGUAUCAUCGACUUCGCUGGCGCACUCGGCAUGGUUGUUAUCCUCGGCUAUUUCUACUUUGGACAGGACCAACGGAUCACUGACGAAAACGCUGUCAAAAAAGCCGUGGAUAACGCAACAGGUUGGCUCUUCGACAAAGGGUAUACCAAUGUUAUCAUUGAGGUUAACAACGAGUGCAACGUGAGAUACUCACAUGAAAUUCUGCAGCCUGAGCGGGUGCAUGAAUUGAUUGAGCGCGUGAAAGCGACGACACACAAUGGCAAUAGAUUCCUCGUCGGAACCAGUUACGGCGGAGGUAGAGUGCCGUUGGAGAAUGUCGUCCGUUCCUCCGAUUUUCUGCUUAUCCAUGGAAACGGCGUGAGCGAUCCAAACCGCAUCAUUGAGAUGGUCCAACAGACGCGUGAGGUGCCGGGCUACCGUCCGAUACCAAUCCUUUUCAAUGAAGACGACCAUUUCGAUUUCGAUAAACCCCUCAAUAACUUCGUUGCUGCCGUGAGCCAAUAUGCUUCAUGGGGCUACUUCGAUCCGGGUGAAAAUGACUAUUGCAACGGUUACCAAUCCGUGCCAGUGCAAUGGCAACUUAACACCCCGCGCAAACGCACCUUUUUUCAGAAGGCUCGCGACAUUACUGGCUGCCAUUCUUGA